AUGCCUCUACCAAGACGCAGGUCUUCUUUCUUUGGACAACAGGUCCAGCCACCCCAGCCAGAGUGCCCCUCAAUGGGAAGUCGAAGGGUCAGUGUUGGCUCUAGCAGUGGGAUUUCAGCCCGGGCUCCAGGGGUCUAUGUGGGCAUUGUUCCCACCAGUGGGGCUGUUGGCCUGACCACUAGAGUGUCCCGCCGUGCCCUAUGCAUAAGCAGCGUGGUCCUGCAGGGUCUGCGGAGCUCAACGUCGGCUACUGUCUCCCAGGGGAUGGAGAGAAGUCAUAGCCCUGCUUUUGAAAGCCUCAAUGGCUGCCUACUGGAGUACAUGGAAAAAGUACGAGCACUUGAGCAAGUGAAUCGAGAACUGGAAGAGGAGAUCCGAGUCUAUCUGGAUAAAAAGGCGUCGGAUGCAGGUGGUUGGGGAACGCUGAGACAAGACUGGGAGGACAUCUACAGACAAGUGAGUGACGCCAUUCUCCAUAACUCACGCCUAAUGCUUCAGAUGGAAAAUGUCCAGGCCAACGCAGAAGACUUCAAAGACAGAUAUGAAAACGAACAACCUUUCCGCAAGGCAAUAGAAGAUGAAAUUAACUGCUUGUAUAAAGUGAUUGACGACGCUAAUUUGACUAAAAUGGAUCUGGAAAGUCAGAUAGACAACCUGAGGGAGGAACUUAGUGUGCUGGCCAAAGGCCAUGAAGAGGAUGUGAAACUGCUUUAUAAUCAGCUCGCUGGAAGUCAACUGGAUGAACAGGAUGCUCCAAUUGAGACAAGCCUUGACCAUAUCCUUGAAUAUAUCCGAAGCCACUGGGAAAAGGUGGUGGAGCGAAACCGAGCUGAGACUGAUGCAUACCUGGAAUUCAAGCAGCCAGAAAGUAUAAACGCUGCAUUGAGCCAGGAAGAGGAAACACUGGAGUCCUUAAAAACAGAGUGUAAUGAAACUGGGUGCAAGAUUCAGAGCCUCCAAGCAGAGACAGAGUCGAUGAGAGCCCUGAAAAGAGGGCUGGAGAACUCUCUAUAUGAUGCAAAACACUGGCAUGAUAUUGAGCUGCAGAACCUGGGCUCCGUCAUCUCAAAGCUGGAGGCAGAGCUGGCUGAGAUUCGAGGCGAUAUCCAAGAGCAGAAGCAGGACUAUGAAAUUCUGCUCGAAAACAAAGGGAGGUUGGAACUUGAGAUUGGCACCUAUCAUGGCAUCUUAGAUGGUGAAGAAAGCAGGUGGAUCAUUGGAAGAGAGCCAGAUGACAGUGUAGUCCAGCCGGACUUUAAGCCCUCAGACAUGUUCUAACAACUCUUUAACAAGUUUCCUGGUUAGUCCAACGUGAAAGACAUGGAGUUCACAUUAUUCUGAGAGAGUUGAUUGUUAAGCUUUUUAACAUUUAAAAUUGCUUCUAAAAAUCAAACUGUUUAAUGGAGUGCAUUUCAUGAACUUGGUGUGGAUGUUUUGUAACUACAUCAUCUUGCAUUUUGUUGCCAGGAAUAUUAGAUUAAAUGCUUCAUUCUGGUGCUGUUGCCCUGUUUAUUCUUGAAAGUAAAAAUGUUAAUUAAGCUUACAGCAGUUAUGUGCACUGGACAGACCAUGGAUUUACAUUUUUGGAUAUUUUCAUAACUCAGAUGCAAGGCUAACUUUUUCCCGAAAUGCUACAAAUGUAAGGUUUUUCAACUGAUGGCCGCUGAGAAUUAAACUUGUAUAUGGAUUUCUUUUCCCCUCCUUGACAAUUGUGACUCUCGGUAUUGCAGACGACACACAUGCAUCUGUUUCACUAUUUUAUAAUCAAUGAGUUUGCAGAUUCAUAAAUUCGGCAAUGCUUUUCAAUGGAAGAUUUGGAAAUUUAAAAAAUUUGCAUUAAAUGCUCUAUCUCAGGGGUCCUC